GCAAAGGAACGUGAAGUGAAUUUGAUGAUAAAGAUUAUUGGCGAUGGCUGCGGAAGGAAAUCCACCUAUAUUGACAUCGAAUGAAGAAUUCGAUGAGAUCGAGAUCGGUGAUAACAUGGUUGAUGUGACUGCAGCCAUCAUCCGUGAGGAUCAAUUCAGGCAGAGAGCCGAAACUGCCCGCAAUGUUAAUCAGCCAUACAGAUGCAUAAUGUCCAAUCUAAGUGGACGUUCACUCAGAUUUCUAAUUUGGGGUCGAAGAAUUCCUGAAUUUCAAGGAAGAUUGAUUCGUCAUUUCGUAAGGAUCAUAAGGGCACGAGCUCAGGAAUCAAAUCCGUUGUACAGGAUAGCUGAGGACAAUUUACUGCCUAUCGAAUUAUUCGUGCAGCCUCAAACAACUGUCAGCAUUCUGGGACCAAUGCCAGAGGAGGUCCCAAGGCCUCUUAAUUACACCCCCAUUACAUUCAAUGAAGUCGGCCAGGCCACUGGUACUGUGAGCCUCACUGGAUUCAUCAAACUGCCAAUCGAGAGGGUCAUCACCAAUAAUGCUACAUAUGGCAAUGGGAUCUUGACAGAUGCCCAGCGCUUCCGCAUCUCGGUUUAUGUCACUUCCUUCGAGGUGAACACAAGUCCACCACUUGGUUCUCAUGUGACAGUGAACGGAGUUAUCAGAAGAAACGGUAAUCAAGCCGUCGUUCUUCAAGUGGCCAAUAUGGAUCAGAUCACACUCGUUGAUGACACUGUACUCACAGAGGACCAGAUGAGAGCUGGUUACAGACUGGCAGGUAGAGUCGGGCCUGCACCUGAUAUUAAUCCCAUUCCCAAUGUCCCUGCAGAGCGCAGGCCACUUGAGGUACCAGACGCAGCAACAGUUGAGGAGACUAACUCGAACAGGCAGAUUCAGAGACGUCGACUUGACCCUGAUGAGGUUCAGGCUUCAACAAGUGAGAAUCAGGCGGAGGUGGUGACUGAGAGGACCCCAGCGGAGGAUGGUAGAGGUGUUUGAGGCUUCAUUUCAUUGACACUGUUUUUUUAAAAUCACUUUGAGAGUGAUUUAUCGAGUUUUUCGUUUUUUUAUUGAAAAAAUAGUUUAUUCCAUUUCCCUUCGAAUUCUAUUAGUUUCUCCCGGAUUCUAUUAAAAACUUGCAAAAUUUUUUGGGGUAUUUGCUAUUUUUCCAAUUGUAAAUUUAAAUCAGAACUUUUUUUUUUUAAAUCGACGAAUAAUUCAAUCAACAACACAAUUCAUUCCAUGAAUUAUAUGUCAACAAAUAAUAACAUUGGCUUCUUCAUCCGAAUUUUACACAUAAAUUUAUUUAUUCUUUUUUAAUCCAUUUUUUCCUACAACUGUAACGACUAACUGAAAAUUUUUGGAAAAUCUCAUUUGAAAAAUCUCUAGAAUAAUAACAUUCAAAUGUAACGAGUUAUAUAAACAAAUUGAAUCCAACUGACAUUUUUUCUGUAUCAUAUCUUGAAUUGAGCAUCAUUAUCGGAAAAAUUACACAGAAUUCAAAUUUAAAUCAACAGAAUCGAUGGAAAUCUGAUAGAGUUUUGAAUGGAAAUCGGAGAGAAAUUUAACAAAUGCAUGAGUUUUUUAAAUAUAUUUUUUCAUCAUACGUGUUAUCGUGGAGCGUUAUGGGUUAUGGUACCCAUCAAACAACAGAAACCACGAACUUGUGGUAAUUUGUAUUUUCUCCAACAAAAAAGUCUCCUUUUUGAGGAUCUAAAGCUCAUUGUGGUCAUGGUCAGGCGAUUAUUUAGAAGAUAGUCUUCAACUACGUGAUAGUAGUUGCCACUCACAGUAUUGAUAUACCACAUGUGAUUAUUGGGAUAACUAUGUUAAGUCUACGUUUUUUUUUAUUACGAAGAAAUGCAAGGAAGAGUAAGUUUCAAGUUAGAGGAUAUUAAUUUGAGCAUAAGUUUUUGGAAAAGGGAAUAGAGAAAGACAGUGUGGAGUCUUCACUACGCAUUUGGGAGAAAUUGCUUCCGCUGCGUUUACUUAUUUUCAUUUAAUAAUUACCAAAAAUCUCUGUUAACCAUCUCCACAAAGAAAAAACAGGAACAAGUUAUUGCUGAGGAGUAAGUACAAUUCUGAAAUUCCAUUAAAAUGGGAAAUAUACUGUUCCAAUGAUGAGCCAAAGGAGGAUUAUUACGAAAGUUUAAAAAUAUCAAAUGUCUUACUGAGACUGAUAGUUACUACUAAAACGUUGCUAAUAAUUGAUAAGUUUGUUUAAGGAAAAUGUAUUAAUUACAGCUAAAAAAUAAAGGAAGACUGACGAAACAGUUUUCAAAUAUUGUAAGGA